GAGAGAGAGAAGGGGUAAAAUUAACAGUAAGCAAUAGCAACUGCAACUCCUCUCUCUCUCUCUCUCUCUCUCUCUCUCUCUCUCUCUCUCUCCAAUUCUCUUUUUGUGCUUUUGUGUUGCUUGAAUAAUUGCAAGCCAUUGUUGUUUUCUCUUUGUUUUACCCACUACCCAGUUCUAUUUUUCAACAAUGUACUCGCGCUUAUGGGAUCUUAUCGAAGUUUCUGAAAAUGGGUAUGCUUCAAACUUCAAAGCUUGAUAAUUUGAAGAGUGAUAUCGCCAUUUAAUUUGUUGGGUUUGAGAUAACAAUGUCUAAUUUGCGAAGAAGAUUGAGCUCAAGAGAUUUAAAGAUAUGGUUUUUAGUUUGUUUAAGGGAUUUUUGUGUUUUGAAUGCUUUGGAAUCACGUCAUUGAGAUCCGUUCACUGGUGGGGCUCUGCCUUUUCCCUCAACAAUCAUUUGUGCUUCGUCUGGCAUCAAAUGCAAGAAUAAAUCAAAACGUUAAUUACUGUGCUUUGAAACUUGAGAAAGUACCAAUUUAUCCUCAAUGUUAGCGAAGUGGAUCAUAAAUCAAUAGAUGGCUCAAGAUUUAGAGCUGGAUUUUGAGAAGUAUUGUGUGGUAGAAGGAAGUCCUAAAACUGUUCUUUUAUCUCCCAAUCAUUCAAAAACCGAAAAGAAAAAAGUUAGAAAGAAAGUAAUUAUAACUCAAAACAAGGAAUUUACAGAGAUAAAUUUACAUCGAUACCGAAGUCAAUCAUGUCGUGAUGCUCGGUCAACAAGGUCAACGGGGGUCAAUGCAACACUCAAAAGGGGUUCUGUAUAUCAAAGUUCAAAAGAAGUAAGUAAAACAAGUGAGAAAGAAACUGAAGGUAGAAAAAAGAUUGAAUUUUCAAGAAAUUCCACUCCUUUACCCUUCGAAUUAUUCGGUUCCUUAUGUGAUUCAGAAGAAGAUGAUGCCUUGUUAGGCUCUCUUUCGAGGUCAUUUUUGGAAAAUUCUAUAAAUCCAAUCAAGAAACAAGAAGAUCAACAACAACAACAUCCUUUAUGUACCCCUUUGAACAAAUCUUUAUCUUCAAGAUUGGAAUUACAAUUACCCCAUUCACCUUCUAAAAAUCCCAAGAAUCGUUUCAGUCCUUUAAAAAAGAUGUUUGACCCAUUUGUGAAGUCAAAAUCCCAGAAAAGUCCUUUAGGAUUUAGCACCAAAGAACAUGAUGAAGCCACAUCAGCUGGAUCAAAGAACACUACUUCACAAAAAUCAUUAAUACAUGAUUUUUCAUAUGCUGAUUGUGAUUCUUGUGGCUUGAUUGUAUCAUCUUCUUGUUUAAAUGGGGUUUUGAAGGUGGAAAACAAGAAUCAAAUGCCUUAUUUUGAGUUCUCAUUAAAGAAUUCAAACGAUGUUUUGGUGGGAAAAACAUCAAAAGUGGGAAAUGGUUGUGAUUGGGUAUACACCUUUCACACUUCUCAAAAUAGACGAAAAAUCAAUGAAUUUAAAGAUAAUAAAAAUAAAGAUCUUACAAAAACAAUUGGCAAGAUGCGGGUUUCGUGUUAUUUAUGUACAGAAUUAGUUAACACAGGAGCUUUUGAUAACUCCAUGGUCAAUGAAUUUGUAUUGUAUGAUCUUGAGGGAAUAACUUGCAAGUCAAACAAGUCAACAAAUGAAAAUUUUGUUGGUGAUUUGCAUUUGGAUCUUGAAACAGCAGCCAUUGUUGUACAAUUUCCAUCUGAGAAUGGAGAAAGCUUGAAAUGUGAUAUGAAUAAGAAUGAAUCUGCAAAAGUGAGUGUUGUGAUCCCUUCAGCCAUUCAUGGGUUGCCAAGUGGCGAAAGUCGUGGGCCCUCUCCGUUGCUUGACAGGUGGCGAUUAGGUGGAGGGUGUGAGUGUGGAGGAUGGGAUAUGGGGUGCCCUCUUGUUGUUCUUAGCAACUUUAGUAUUCAGAAAGAGGAAGCUUGUAAACAUCCAGUCAAACUUUUUAUAAAGGGAAGUAAAGAGAAGACAUCAGCAUUGACCAUGAAGUUGACCGAAGAAGGUCAAUAUGAAGUUGACUUUCAUGAGCAGUUGACCUCACUACAAGCAUUUUCGAUUUGUGUUGCUAUCUUGCACACUACAGAAACAUCGAUUCUUGUUGAUCAUGAUAAAAAUCGAGAAAUGUUGCAAUGUGAUUCUUUAAGAGUCUUUGUUGAAGAUGAAGUCAAACAUUUGAUUGAGGCUGUGGUUGAAGAAGACAAAAGAAAACCAGUCAAGAACGAAUUCCCACCUUCUUUUUUGGUCAACCCUCCGUUUUCUCCAAUGUCACGUGCAUGAUUUUCAAAAGGGUGUCUUGGGUUUUUUAAAAAGAUUAAAAAUUUCCACGAUUUUUAAUGAUCUUGAGAAGUUAAGAUAGAGAAAAGUCAAAGAUGUUUAUGUUAGUAAGUUGUAGUUGUAGUGGAUUUUCUUUCUUUUUUGGAUAAUUUAUAUUAGAGGUUAGAAUUGGCAACUAGGAUUUGAAUAGCUUUAGAAGAAAUUUUUGUAUCUCUAGAGUAAUAAUAUUCAUCCAUCCACUUUUGGAUUUUUGGUGUUUGUAAUAUUUAGUAAAAUCAGG